UCAAAGCCCGAUGAUGACAGCAAGCAAAUAUCGUCGACGUCUUCCGUGUUGAGAGCGAGUGUUGAUGCUUCUAGCACAAUCACCAGAUCAAGAUCUGCAGCAUCAGGCACUAGAUCGCAUCAAAGGGUUCGUUAUCGUUCAUCUUCGUCCACAUCGUCAAAUUCCGCACACUCACCGUCUCGACAUCGUAAACAUCUGAAUCGUUCCGCAUCGCCGAUACACUAUCCGUCGCCAUUGUAUCUAAAAACUGGUGCAGAUCAAGCAGCGACGAAUGACGUUCAGAUUGAACAACGACGAGCACAUCGUGCAAAACGCUAUUUCGGCAUCGAUCCACCACGUGAGGAUUGUCCGGUAAGCGACUAUUUGGCCGUCUUUUUGCUCCUUCACCACCCUUGA